ACCCAUAUCCGCUCUAAUCUCCUUGUCCGUGAGGUUUGGAACGGAACUGGGUGGAACAUCCCUCUCCUUCAGACCCUUCUCCCUUCCCACGUGAUUGACUCUAUUAUCGUCUUCCCCACCCACCGCCCCUCCUCUCCUCCCACUUGGAAACUCUCAUCUAACGGCUCUUUCUCCUUUAAAAGUGCCUGGCAAGCCAUCCGUACCCCUCGUUCCCCUAACCCUAUCUUCCGGCACAUUUGGAGUUCCCUUUUUACCCCUACCAUCUCUACCUUCAUGGUCCGCCUCCUUUCCUUUUGGAUCUCCACCCCAUAUGGCCUAUCCCGGAGGGGAAUCAAUGCUUCUAUCCCUUGCUUCUGUUGUGAAGAUAUGGAAUCCAUCCCUCACCUUUUCCUCCUCGGCCCAGUUGCCUCAGCAGUAUGGGCCAAUUUCUACUCUCUCGUCGUUAUCCCCCAAAUAUCCUCCGACAGCAUUCAAACCACUCUCUCCCACUGGUUCAAUUUUGGGACUGGCAAGUCCCAUCUAUUCCACCUCAUUCCCAUUCUUAUCCUUUGGUACCUCUGGUGUUCCCGUAAUGACAAAAGAGUUAAACAAAUCUCCUUCACUGCUCAACGCGUCUGCGAUCGAGUUUGGAAACAUCUUCAACUCAUCGCCAAUUCUUCCCUCCUAGAGGAGUCCUCCUGUUCUCGAGCCCCUCUAUUGAGCCACCUUCUCUCCCCUUCCUUCCGGCCCCAUCGUCGCCAGAAUGCCCUCACGGAGCCUCGAAGGGUAACCCCGGAGAGGCAGGAGCAGGUGGCCUUGCCAGAGGAUCAUAGAGGCAGACCUAUUUUUGCGUUCCACGACUACAUCGGAAGUAUCCCAGCAUCAGACAUCCUCAUGACGACAUCAGACCACAGGGCUGACACCCAUAAUUUUAGCCAGCGAGAGAUUCCAUCUCCCUCCUUAGCUGGCCUGACUUCACCUUCACCCUCGGAUUCCUUUCCUUCUUCUUUUCUUGUUAGGGCCCCUUUUGUUGGAGGUCCC